ACUCGAGUGGAGUGGAAGUUUGUUCUCAAGAUGCGAUUCGAACUUAUUUUAACGGGUUUUGUUAGUUACUUAGCUGGUUUAUGUGCUGCAGAAGAUGUUCAACCUGGAAAGAUGACUUGGGCUGAUAAGCUUAAAAAGGAUCUGUUCGUGAACUACGAUCGGACUAACCGGCCAACGCAGCACUACAAUGUGACUAACCUUAUAGUUGGAAUGUCCGUCAGAUACAUUAGCAUCGACGAAGCGGCUUCAAUAUUCACCGUCAGCAACUGGAUGAAUUUGCAAUGGAUAGAUGAAAAGCUACAAUGGAAUCCCGAAGAUUACGGUGAUCUCAAAAUCAUUCGAACUAGUGCGGAAAGCAUCUGGAAGCCGGAUCUUCUUUUGUACAAUAACGCCAGAACUUCAAACAUUGAUCACUUUGGCUUGACGGACGUAUUGAUUUACAACGAUGGAAAAAUCUUGUGGGUUCCUCCAACUGAUUUUCAUACCUUCUGUCGGCUGAACCUUCGUCUGUGGCCGUUUGAUCAGCAGACUUGUCACGUCAAGCUUGGAUCGUGGGUUCACGACGCGUUGAGCCUUAAUCUUACCUUGAAUGGAAAACCCGGGGUUGACACAACUGAUGAUGAAAGCGACGUUUGGACUGUUCAAAACAUAACCGUUAAACACAACACGAUCACUUACGAAUGCUGUCCCGAGCCCUACGUUGAUAUCGAGUACUUUUUCACCGUUAAAAGAAAUUCUUCUAGUUACGUAGUCGUUGUGAGUCCAAUCAUACUGAUCUUACUAUUGACACUGUCCGUAUUUUGGUUACCUCCUCACUGCCCUGAAAAGAUCGUGCUCAACGGAGUCAUCCUGAUGAUCGCGACAGCACUUUUGAUCUUCUUUUCCAUUCAGCUACCCUUCCGGUAUGGAAACACCCCUCUAGUUGUGAUCUUCACCAUUACCACGUUGUUCCUGACCGCCUUCGGAGCAACCCUAUCCGCGAUCGUGAUCAAAAUUUGUCGAAUCAAGCACACCCGACCGGUUCCACGACUGCUCAGAAGAUCGCUACUGGAAGGGCGUUUGGAAUCGAUGCUGGAACUGGGUUGCACUUUACUGCCGCCGUACGAGGAUAAGGAAAUCGAAGGAAAUCAGGACGAGAUGGGAGACGUCGCGAUACGGGAUUGGUGUCGGUUGGCUGGAUUGCUGGAUAGGGGCAUGUUUGCGAGUUAUCUUGUGAUGUUUUGCAUCGCGUUUGUGUGGUGUGUUGUUUAGUUGAGAUCAAAAUUUCAAGCUCAAUGAUAAGAAUUUAAAUUUUGUGAUGCAAAAUUUGAUUAAUGUACUACUAUUAUGCGCGCUGCACCAAACCGCAUCACUUCCGUUGCGCGAAAAAAUCUAUUUCACCGAACAAAAAUGUGGUGGUUUGUCGUUAGCGUGUACAUCAGCUUCACGCAGAAAAAUGAGGCCUAUUUGAAUCAACAAAAUAUUUUGUUGUUUCAAGUUAACGAUUUUUUGUUGAAAUAAAUCUCAAAACCAAUUGAAACAACUCUAAAUUUAGAGUUGAAUUUACUCUGUGUUUUUUGUCAAUCCCUUUUGGAAAUAUUAACAAAAUUAUUGCGUUGAUUCUACCAUGAACGACGUUGAAUCAACUUUAAUGUGUUAUUUUGAUUUAAAUGAAGUUAAUUGCUAUUCACACGUGUUGCUAUCUGUCAAAAUGUUCAGUUUUCCUGAUUUUGAUCAGUUCGUCUAAUUCGUGCCGUGCGACAAUUACGUUCGUGUUAUUUGAUCCAUGUAUUACGCAUGCCGUGAGCGAAGUUUUACGUGAGAAGUUAGUGCGCGGAAUUCGGGGUGAUUUGAUCGCCACCCAUCUAAGCCAACUCAUCAUCGACAAGCGGAAGCUGCCACCAAGUUUAGCACACUUCACAAAAUUCCCCAACAUAUCAACCCUCUACGGAACAUGACCGGUAAGCUCUUGUUAUUUUACUUCAAAUGCCCCGUUAUAAUGCUUUUCUCACUCUUGCAGACCUCUGCAGAAAACAACGUAACCUCGAUCCACCGGGGACGCCAAUGGCAACAUGGCCAAUUCAACAUGGAAGGCAAUUUCACCAACUCGUUGUUUCAUCAGACGGUGGCGGAGGCAAGGACACAAGGUGCGGUUCAGCAGUACUCGGACAGAACAAGGGGCCACACUCAAAGUAGCAGAUUUAAAUAUAUUUUUCCAAUAAAAAAUGCUAAUAUCGAUGAAUAAUGCUUUUUUUUAUUUCAAUUCGACAUUUUGUUAAUUCAAUUGAUAGACUAUCCUUAUUUUGAAAAAAAAAUAUGGGUUGCAUCAACAAAAAAUCGACGUUGUUUCAACAAAAAUCUGAUUUGAACCUGCUUCUGUCAAAUUUCGAUCAACAAAGAUCUGCUUAGACUCAACAAAAUACCACGAUUCGAAACAACAAAAUUUGAGUGUUGAUCCAAUGCAAACAUUUUGUUGAUUAUAUUCAACAAAAUAUUUUGUUGAAUCAAACCUCGUACAGGCUGAUUCUACAAAACAUUUUUC